GUUGCCUUGCGCCUCCAACCCUUCGUCAUCAAAGUUUAGCGCAGAAGUGCAGACUAAAAUAGUGACAGCCAGGGGCUCGCCUGCAUAAUGCACAUCCAUGUGUACGUGCGUACAUGGAUGUACAUCCCUAAUAAUUGAUGUGCAUUUAGCACAGUGUAUGCAGCAGUGCACUCCAGCCACUCUUCAUCCGUGCAGCGUUGUGCAGACCGUUGCACAUGUGGUAUGAGGCAUGGGCAAUUGAGUGCAGACGCCACGCCAGCCCAUGCCCCAUGGCCCCCCGCAGCAAUCCCAUCCCACACACUACCUCCCUCAGCCUCCUACUGUCCACGUCUGCCCAGUGCCUACAUGCCCACAGGUCCAGAUUCCACACUCGUCAACAGAGAGCUGUUGCAAACUCGUUGCCCAUUCGGCGUUGUCGGCCGACCUGCGAACGUCAAGCGUCGUCGUGGCUCGACUGUCGAGGACAGCUUUGAAAACUUUGUCGAGUUUGCUUUGACGGUCGAAACGUGUGAGAAUGCGACGCUUGACGCAUGCCAACCUGUCAACUGCAGAAUUGCCGUAGAUGAAAUGACCGUUGUGCUUCACAUAAUACACGGUCGACGCGUGAACGCCUUGCGACCAUACCCUACUGCCCUCUCCAAUCUUCAUUGCUAUAUCCCGAGUUCCCUCGAUCAAAAGAAUUAGAAGAAAAGCGGUUACAGACACUCACGGUCCGCCUUGGCAAGUCCUGAGAUAACUGUGGCGGUCCCGAAAGGAGGCGGUGGGUUCCCCCUUCUACAACAUGAGAGCAUGAAGUUC